UGGUGUUGAACAGAGAGUAAAAGGAAAACAUUGCGGAUCAGCUGAUCGCGGUACCGGUACUGCGCGGUGAUGGUGAUGAUGGUGAUGGUGAUGAGUGCGGGGUGUCGGUGCUGUGUGUCCCUGCUGUCGGUGCUGUUGGUGGUGGUGUGCGCGCGCGUGGGUCAGUGUGGGCGCGUGCACGGGGAACGGGUCGCGUUUGUGCGCGUGACAGUGCAGCAGGAACCCGGCAGCAGUGUGUUCCAGGGGCGCGUGCUGCAGGGACAACAACAACAACAACAACAAAGAGAGGAAGAGCACGAGCUGCGGGGGGACCUGCGACUGAUUAAAGACGAGAGUGAAGGCGUGAGGAGCGUCAAUCAGAGAGAUGAUGGUGAUGAAGGUCAAAGGUCAAAGCCGUGGAUAGGUGUGGUUCCUGUCCAAAUGGAGGAGGGCCGCGUCUCAAACGGCAACCAGGAGUCAUUCGCUUCUACCGUAGUCAACAAGAUGAAGAGGGCGUUGGUUUUGGGGGCAUCGGCUCUCAUCAUCCUCGUGUUAAACCAGAACACACUGAGAGAGAUGGACGUGUCUCAGGUUCUCUCUAAACCCAUCAUCAUCAUACAGAACUCGGAGAACGUCACUAAACUGUUUGGGGCUCUGCUCAGAGGUCUUCAUGCAACUGCAAGAAUCACGUACAAAACAUUUCUACAGAAUAACCUGGGUGCGACUCUCACCCUGUGGUCAAGUUGUGGCCGCUCCAGGUGGGGGCGCUAUGGGGAGUGGCAGGGCGUCGUCUGCACCGGAGAGACCAACUCACCUGUACAGAAAUACCUUCAGCAGUUGUGGAACACGGUGGUGUUAAUCGCUCUGAUCCUCUCCACUGGAGUGCUCCUUCACGCCCGCAGGCAGGACCACGACAACCAGCUCACCGAGCAGCUGCAGCUUCAUCCCAAACAGGAACUGCUGAAUAAACUUUCUGUGAUAAAGACCCGGAAAUACAGACAGAGAAAACACACCGAGCUGCCAGACACAGAGAACUGUGCUGUGUGUUUAGAGCAGUACACCACUAACCAAUGUUUGAGGGUUCUUCCAUGUCUACAUGAGUUCCACAGAGACUGUGUGGACCCGUGGCUUCUCCUGCAGCAGACAUGUCCUCUCUGUAAACGCUGUGUACUGGGGAACCUCUGCUGAAGUUCUGAACUUCCGGUUCACACUGGAGUCUCUAUCAGGUCAAACCAUCUCAAGAUGUCAAUAUCUAGGAACUGUACAUGCAGCAUCUCCAUGGAAAUGAACCCUGACCCUGAGAAUCUGAAAUACUUCCUGACUUUAGACUUUUUUUUAAAAUCGUAUGUGACUGUACAGUAUGUGUGGAGAAUGACAUUUUACACACACUUCACAGAGAGAAUUUCCAUGCUCCUGUUUUACUCCUAAUGAUGUCAUCAGUGUUUAGAGCUUUAACUCAUUCAUCUGUUUUGUUUUUAUUUAUAGUUAUAACUAUUUACAAUGUGACUCAAUAAAGCAUAAUUUUAAGCACAGUGCUAAA